AUGGCCGACCGCGAGCAGCCCUACGACCCGUACAUUCCCGCCGGCGGAAACGCUCCAGGUGCCGCUGCCCAGGGCCAAAAUGGCAACGUUCGCACACAAGCUCUGCAGGCGGAAAUCGAUAGCACUGUUGGCAUCAUGCGAGACAACAUCAACAAAGUGUCUGAGCGAGGAGCCCGCUUAGACUCGCUACAGGACAAGACAGAUAACCUGGCCACCUCUGCGCAGGGCUUCCGACGGGGCGCCAACCGCGUGCGCAAGCAAAUGUGGUGGAAGGACAUGAAGAUGCGCAUGUGCCUCAUCGUGGGCAUCAUCAUCUUGCUCGUCAUCAUCAUUGUUCCUGCCGUUGUCACCACGCAGCACAAGCCUACUUAACGCCCUCACGUCUGAUACCACUGCACAUAGCACACACACACACACACACACACACAC